UCGCGUGCUCAAAAAUGUUCCUCACAAGAAUCACAGGUGUGGACUGGAGCAGUCUACACACCGCACCCCAACUUCCCAUUAAAACUUGCAUUCACCUUCAAAUUCUUUAUAAAAUAUACAGUAGUUUUUCGAGAAGAACCACCGAAUCCUGAUUCCUCGCAGCUCACCAAACGCGUCAAAACUCGUCUUUUCCAUUCUCUCUCCGACACUUGCCGUAUUACCAGAAGCAAUCAACCUUAAAGAGUACACAACGUCUGUAGGCCGAAAUUGAAUUACAUUCUUUCUCAAAGCUUUGGUGAUAGAUCCUCUCCUAAGUCUUGUUUAUAGAGAAAGGAAAAUGGAUUCUUCAGAUCAACGCCGCAAGAGAAAACGCAUUCUCAGGCAAUCUUAUUCUCCUCGCCACUUCUUGUCUGUAAGAUCUCUUGUUAUGUGUUUUAGCUUCUUCACUUCGCUUUGUCUUUUAUCCUAUACGACUCCCUUUAGAUCUUCCGCUUAUCGCCCUGUUCAAGUGGUUUCAAGCUUAUCUUUGUUGUCUUCCUCUAUUUCGAGAAAAGUUAAAUCAGUUCAAGAUUUUGAUGGUUCGCUGCUGCCAUUGAAAAUAGAGAGCCGGGUUUUGUUCCCCGACCAUGUUUUGUUAUUGGUGGGCGGUGGAAAGAUGGAGAAGAGUGGUGCUGAAGAGUUGGAGUGUAUUUAUUAUGGUAAAUUUGACAGCAUUGACAGUGGUGAUUUUGAAAAGAAAAAUGUGUUUUCUGUUGAUGAAUAUGAUGGGUUUAGGUCAAUUGUAAGGUGCCCUCUUCCACCUGUGAACUAUUCAAGUGUUGUAAACUUGAAGAGGCGGGGUAAAAAUGGAAUCUUGGGGGAGAAAGUUGGGCUGCGGGUGGAUAGUCAGACUGUUAAUUCUUGGGAAAAUGUGGCUUAUGAGGCUACUUUGGAUGGGGACACUGCUAUUGUGUUUGUUAAGGGAUUGAAUUUGAGGCCUGAUAGAGAGUCUGAUCCUAGUCAGUUUAGUUGCCAUUUUGGAUUAGGGAAAUGGGAAAGGGGUGGAAGGUUUAUGUUCACAACGAAGGCUUUGACUGCCGCCCAGGAAGUUGUGAGGUGUUCUUUGCCAAAGAGCAUUAGUAGAAACCCUGAUAAGGCUCAGGGGAUUCGUGUGACCGUUGGAGCAACACCCCAUGCUCGCAAUCGAGCUCACAAGCGAGUGCUUGUGCCAUCAGUGGCCAAGAUUUUCGACUCAGGGCCCGUUGUUAAGAAGAGGAGUCUGGGGGGAAAAUACGAGCUUUGUGUGUGUACAAUGGUGUGGAAUCAGGCUCCAGCCAUUCGUGAGUGGAUUAUGUAUCAUUCUUGGCUUGGAGUUGAAAGGUGGUUCAUCUAUGAUAACAAUAGUGAUGACGGACUGGAUGAGGUUAUUCAGGAGCUUGAUCUUGAAAACUACAAUGUUACUAGGCAUGUUUGGCCAUGGAUCAAGACUCAGGAAGCCGGAUUCUCACACUGUGCUGUCAGAGCAAAGGAUGAAUGCAAUUGGAUUUCCUUCAUGGACGUGGAUGAGUAUUUCUACUUUCCAUAUUCAACAACUGGACACCAGAACUUCAGGGCAGUGGGUUAUGCGUCUCAGAAUUCACUUCGUGCCUUAGUUGCAAAUUUUUCGUCAUCGUCGACCACUAUUGGGGAGAUCAGGACAUCUUGCCACAGUUUUGGGCCAUCAGGGCUGAAUUCACCACCCCCACAGGGAGUCACCGUUGGUUAUACUUGUCGUCUCCAGAGUCCUGAGAGGCAUAAAUCAAUCAUUAGACCAGAUGCACUAGACACUACCUUGCUCAAUGUGGUACACCAUUUUCAUCUGAGGAAGGGAUUCGAAUACCUGAAUUUACCUCAGAGUACAGCUACAAUCAAUCACUAUAAAUACCAGGUGUGGGACGUUUUCAGAGCUAAGUUUUACAGAAGAGUUGCUACAUAUGUUGCGGAUUGGCAAGAUAACCAAAACGAAGGGUCGAGGGACAGGGCACCAGGGCUGGGGACGGAGGCCAUUGAACCGCCUGAUUGGCCACAGAAGUUCUGUGAGGUUUGGGACACGGGGUUGAGGGACUUUGUUUUGACCAAUUUGGCUGAUCCUUCGACCAGUUUGCUGCCAUGGGCGAGGCAUUCAGCUUUGACUGAUCAAACCGGGGAGAGUUGAAGUUCACCUUUCCCCAUUGUAAAGGAGGAAAUCACACGAUAAUCAUUCAUUCAUUAUUGUUUCAGAAUUUAUCUCAUUUUUUGUUUUUAUAGACAACAGAUUGAAGGGCAUAGAUCUUGGUACAGGAAUUUUACAUAGUGUAAUUUUGAUGAGGAUUUUGCACUAUUCUUUGCUCCAUGCUUAUUCAGUGAUUACUGAUUGGAUACUCCCUAUACUCUGUCGUAAAGCUUAUUCUUAGCUUCCUUGUAAUCUUAUUUGCAGCGCUAUCUGAAUAUUCCUAGCACGUUUCUCAAA